AUGCUCCGCAUCAGCAGCCGCGCCCAGCCAGCCCUGUCGGCUGUUGCCAGACAAUAUGCUUUCCGCGCCACCAAUGUGAGAUCGACUGGAAUUGUUCGCCCUGCCGUUGCUAGACAUAUGUUGGUUCCCUCGGUCGGCGCUGGAUUUUACCGCCACAUGUCGACCGAGACCCCCAAGGCUGCUUUCAUCGACCCCACCACCAUGGCUGCCGCUGUUUCAUCGACCGACAACACCAAGGAGGAGGCUGUUACUGCUGCUUCGACCGCGGAUUCCGUCUUUCCCUCAGCAGCAGAGGUUAUUGAGAAUGUCACAGAGGAGGCGAUUGCUACCACCACCGCCACGACCACCUCGGUCAUCUCGGAGGUCGCCGCACAGAACGCAGAGUCGAUCACCCAGGUGGCUAUGAAGUAUGGCGAUCUGAAGGCUAUGGGCUUGGUCAAUUUUACGCCCGUUGGAGCAUUGGAGACUUUCUUGGAGGCUGUUCACAUUUCGACUGGAUUGCCCUGGUGGGCGACCAUUGCUGCGUCGACGGUUAUGAUCCGUACGGCUUUGGUUCCCUUUAUCGUCAAAUUGCAGGGCAAUACUGCUCGUCUUCACAACGUCAAGCCUCAACUGGAGCGUCUCACCGAGAACAUGAAGCUCGCCAAAGAGACUAACGACACGGCGGCUUUGGCUCGUUUCUCGGCCCAGACUCAGGAGCUCUUUGCCAAGAACGACUGCAACCCCUUGAAGUCCUUGAUGUUGCCUUUGUUGCAGGCCCCCGUUAUGAUCUCGUUCUACUUGGCAUUGAGAGAUAUGGCCAACUUGCCCGUGCCACAGUUCAGGGAGGGCGGUAUCAACUGGUUCACGGAUCUGACGAUUGCUGAUCCUACCUAUGUCUUGCCCGUUGUUUCGUCGCUCGGAUUCUUGGCGAUUAUGGAGCUUGGAAGCGAGGCUGGCGGUGUUGCUCAGCCCAAAGCUAUGAAGAAUGUCAUGCGCGUUAUGGCCGUUGCCAUGGUCCCCUUGACCAUGAACUUUCCCUCUGCAAUCUUCGUAUACUGGUUGACAUCGAACUUCUUCACAGCCGGCCAGAUCUUGUUCUUCAAGGCGCCAGCAGUGCGCAAGUUCUUCAACAUCCCCCAGUUGAUCAACCACCCCAAGCCCAAGGUUGCGGCCAAGCAGCCCGGAUUCAUGGAGUCGUUCAAGGCCUCGUAUGAGGGCGGCUUGGCUGCCAAGCAGAAGGAGAUUUCUAUUGCCAAGGAUCGCGAGAACAAGACUGCCGCACAAAAGUUGCGUCGCCAGAACCGCAAGAGAAUCUAG